AAAAAUAUCAGCGAGUUAUAAGUCCAUAAUAGGCAGACCAUUCCCCUCGAAGCCCGUGACCAAAACGAACCUCGGCAUCCCCACUUCUUCGAAUCGAGCUUCGUCAAACAUCACCAUAAACAUUCCGUGCGCCAUGUCUCCUCACACUCAACAAUGGCACUCGCAACGCCAGAAAAGUGGCAGCUCGUUGCCUGGCAGAAAAAAGACCAACAAUACUUGAGAAUACCCAAGGAAUGGCUCCUGAAGUACUCGCCAUCCCCAGCACUGACAAACUACCUCGAUGUCCCGCGUAAAUGCGGUAUACUGGAUGCUCAGGACCUUGAGAUAACAGAGAAAUAUGACGCCACUGCUCUCGUUGAUAGUCUAGCAAAGGGGAAGCUGAAAAGUGUCGACGUCGUGAGGGCAUUCUGCAAGAGAGCAGCGAUAGCCCAGCAACUCACCAAUUGUCUCACUGAGAUCCUAUUCGACGAAGCUCUCGCCCGAGCCGCCCAUCUUGACGCCCAUCUCGCCGCCGGUAACCCUCCCGUGGGCCCUCUUCACGGCCUCCCCAUCUCCCUGAAAGACACCUUUAAGAUACCGGGCUACGAUGCCACAGUUGGUCUCGCAAUCCUCGCCUUUAAGCCUGCCACCACAGCCUCCACCCUCGUAGAUGUCUUGCUCAACGCGGGUGCGGUGCUAUACUGCAAAACAAAUGUCCCGCAAACUCUCAUGGCACUAGAUUCUCACAACAACAUCUUCGGGCGGACAAUAAACCCAUCCAACACCGCCGUCACACCCGGCGGUAGCAGCGGCGGCGAAGGCGCACUAAUUGCCAUGCGUGGAAGCGUGCUAGGCGUCGGGACCGAUGUAGGCGGUAGCAUACGCAUACCGGCCAUGUGCAAUGGCCUGUAUGGCAUCAAGCCCUCCUGGCAGCGGAUCCCGUUCUCAGGGCAAGAGAGUGGCACGCUGCCAGGCCACGGGAAGCUCACAAUUCCCGCGAGUGCGGGCCCAAUCGCACAUACGAUGCGAGAUCUUGAACUAUUCUUCUCCACCGUAUCCGACCAGAAACCGUGGGAGGUCGAUCCAGACGUCACGCCCAGCCUAUGGUUAUCUCUCUCAACACUCUCCUCGAAACGUCCGCGGAUUGGGGUCGUUCGCCGUGACGGAUUGAUAGACCCGCUACCCCCUAUCCAGCGGCUGAUGGACGAAACGGCCUCCGCUCUGCGUGCCUCGGGGAUCGAGGUCGUGGAAAUUGACAUCGCGCCCCUCUUCUGCCAAUGCCAGUCCCUCGCCAACGCCCUCAUGGGCACAGACGGCGGCAACCACAUCUUCGACCUCGUCGAAGCAACCAACGAGCCCCUCUCCCCCUGGCUCGCUGGCCGCCUCGCCCGGAAAGCGCCCAAGACAAUCGAGAAGCUGCAAGCGCUGCAUGCGAAGAAAGUCGAGCUCGAGAACGCCUUCUUAAAGAUCUGGAGAGACGAAAAGGGACCGAUCGACGCAUUCGUGUGUCCCGUGGCUCCCCAUCCCGUGCCGCCAAUCGAUCGCUGGAACGGGGUCAGCUACACCAGCUCCUUCGUGCUGCUAGACUACCCCGCUGGCGUAGUUCCCGGUCGCGCGUUCGAGAAGCGGGAUAUGGAAGGCGAGAUGCCAGACACGAAACCGCUCGGAUCGUGGGAUAAGGUCAAUCGGGAGCUUUGGACCAAAGUCGACCGCUCCGUCUACCUCAACACCGCCCUCUGCAUCCAAGUCGUCGCGCCAAAACUGCAAGAGCGCAGACUCUACCAAGCCAUGUCCGUCAUCGACGCCGCCCUCCGCGCCGCGGAGCGCACAACAUCGACGCUGCACGCCAGCGCCAAGCUCUAGCUUAUAUUAUCCAUGGCGUCUUUUGGGGGUUCUAAGACCAGUGCCACAAACCCCCCGCUUCUUUCGCCGGGGUAACGCAGAUGCGGUGGUGGACGGGGGAUGCAUGUCUUGAAUUCGAUAGGCCGAUGGACUGUCCACGUGUCUCUGUCACGUGCUGGUGAGCGGACGUGCUUCACUGAGCUGUUUCUGCCGAUUGGACGGCGGGAUGGUGACGAUAGCGUUAGUACGGCCUGUUAUGAGGUCUGAAGAAGAUUGUGCCUAGAUGAUAUAGUUCCUUAGAGGGGGGCUUGUUGGCAUAUAUAGACGGCGGCGCGCGUCGUGCGUCACAGCAUCUGCACUGCCCUCCCGUAUCUGCAGCAUAUAUCAAAAGGUUUGUUGUUUUGCAC